GGUAUCGGGAUGAUAAAUCUGAAACAUGUCCUGAUUCGUCUGUACUCAUGUUUCGUUUUGUAAAACGUUAAAUGAAUGAGAUAUAAAAGAAAGAUGAAAUUCUUUCCUAAGAUCACUUUAUUAUGACAAACUAUUAACAGGACUCGAUUUUUUUUCAGCAGUUUUGGAUACUGGUUGAAGACUACGGCAAGAUAUUUGAAAGACGUACAUGAAUAAAGACCAGAAGUGGACGAAGAAUUCACUAACAAUUUUUAACUAUUUGGAGAAAAUGACUUUUUCAAAACAAUGUGUGUUACUUUAUGUUAUUUCAAUUUAUCUUUGUGCAGAAAUUGUUGAAUCUGAAAGUUACGCGUGCAAUGACAACGAAUUUUUACACGUGGAAACGAGAAAGUGCACUGUAUGCAAUGUUUGUGACAAUGAAUUAGGGCUAGUCACGUGGGUACCAUGCACGAACAAAAGUAAUACGGUCUGUGGUCCGAAAUGGAAACUUAGAGUUCCUGCAAAUAGUGUGACUAAAAGUGAAACAACGCGUAAUAAUGUGUUUCAACACGUGGAACGCUCGGCAAAAGUGGAAAAAUGGAAAACUGUUGAAAAUAUAGUGACAGGUGUUUUGAUUGGCGUCGGAUUUACAGCUGUUCUAGUCAUUGUCACGGUGUGCGUGUUACAUGCACGUCGACGGAGACAGUCACCAUACAGAAUCAUAUAUCGGGAUGAAAAAUCACUUAAAGAAAUAGUCAAUGAAAGGAACGGCGUGAAAAGAAACGGAAAUAUUUACGUGAAAACGGAAGAUAUUCUAACCAGCACGUAUCCAGUAAAAUCACCCGUGUAGCACCAAACUUAAAUAUCACAGUGCUGUUAUCAUUCUAACAAAUACGGUUCAUUUGAUGUCUAUAGUGUCAAACUCUGAAAUUAUAUCUGACGUUAAAUUAAAACUCAAAGAUUGACAUUAUUAUGACUUCUGUUAAAAAUCUAUACAGAUGAAAGAGACUUUUUAUUUGAUCAAACGCACAAUCUUCAGGCAAGUACAGUCAAACAAGUUUAUAAAGACCACCAUUGGGACAGCAAAAAUGUGGCUUUUAUUGGGAGGUGGUCUUUAUUCACAGGUUAAAGUACACUGUAAAUGCUAAAAUGGGAAACAAAACAUGUGGUCUUUAGAGCCAGGUGGUCUCUGUUCAGAGGUGGUCUUUAACACAGGUUUGACUGUAUGUUUAUUUAAUGAAAUCAGUCGAAUUAAGGCCAUAAAAUCUUUCCAUAUUAUAAUGUUGCUUCUACUAAACGUGUACAUAACAUUCAAAUGCAGCUUGAACAGAACUAUUUACUUGAUAUUUAAGAAACUACUUUCUUUGUAACGUAUUUUGUUAAUAAUGCACAAGCACUAAUGUGCUUAUUUGAUACGCCGAAUCUCGUUAAAUCGAACUCUUGUCACAGUCGAAGUUAGUAUUUUAGGAUCAUUCUAGAAUGUUUAUCUCGAAUUUCUAUUACUCUUGGUCUCCCUAAAAAUGACCAAGGUGUUAUAUCAUUUUUAUUUUCAUUUUCUUCGGUGCUUAAAUAUGCUGGGAUCGAGAGAGAUUCCUAUAUUGUUUGUCUAUGUUGAUUUAUGUUAUAUAUUCUUAUGCAUUUCAUUAUAAUAUUUAUGCUUAUGAUGUUUAUUAUUGUUUGAAAUAAAUGGUGUUGAUA